AUGGACGUCGUGCCAGCCUUGCCCUUCGGCGUGGCAGAACUCAGGGAGUGGCUCCUCGCAAGGUGCUGGACGCUCGACGAGGCCUUUCAGGACUGCAGGGAGGAGCUGACCUACGCCGAGCUGCGCGGCCUCUUCGCCGUGCCCAGCCCGGGCUUGAGUGACAGCUGGCGGGCUGGGGAGAACCCGGAGAGGGUGGACUUUUUAGCGCCAGUUCCAGAGGAGCAUGAGCUGCUGCCCUCGCGCCCUGCGCGCUUGGAGGCCGGCAUUCUGAAGCUCUUCAUCGGUCUGCAGGAUGGCCAGGGCUGCACGGAGGAUGCGGCCACCAUCCCAAAGCGCCAGCUGCUUUUUGCGCUCUCGCGCGCCGCCCCACGAGAGGGCUUUCGCAGCUGGUCCCAGCGGGCGCUGCUGCAGGGCAUCCAGGACCUCGAGCUGAAUAGGGAGAGCUUCUGUGAGGCGGUGGUGCUGCAGAAUGGGCACGUGGAAGAUGCAAAGGAGUGGUUCCAGCUGCUUUGCGCCUCCCGGGCGAAAGCGAGACUGCCGCCGGGGUACCUGGCGCAGGCGGCGCUGCGGCCACGCCUGGCCGGGGCUUGCGAUGCCGCGGAGCCCUGGCAGCUGCAGGAGCUGGCGGUGAGGCUAAUCAGUGUGUGGGGAGACCUCUCGACGGCCUUUCGCCUUGGCCCUGCACAGGACGAGCUCGAUGGCCGCUGCAGCUCGCCCGCGACGCAGAUGGCCAAGACCCACGCGGCAAAGCUGGGCCGGCCGCGAAAGCUGAGCGCCAGGCAAUGGCAGCGGGCUUUGCGCGGCAAGCCGGCGUGCCAGCUCUUAAGCGAGGUGGAAGCCCGCACGGAGUCUGAGCGUUUGGCCGGGCUGAGCCCUCUGGAUCGGCUCUUCCCGAACCUCAGCGACCGGCUGCUGGUGAACAAAAACCUGUGGCUUCCUGGCGAGCUGAUCUGGGUCAGCUACAACCUCAGUGACUUCGGGUAUUGGGGAUGCGGCGGUCUACCUCCGCUGGUCCAAGGCAAGCUGCAGCUCGGCCGCCAGCCUUUCGUGGCGCUGGUGCCGCAGCCUGAAAUGGCUGGACACGAGGAGCCAGUGCCCGCGAGCCGCGCGCCCUUGGACCCCUUCGGGGGCGCGGUGCCGCUGCGGGCGCCCCGUGCCUGUGCAGCCCUAGCCUGUUGGCAGCUGCGGCUUUUCGCUUCAGAGGAUGGGGAGACACCUCUGACCGCGCUGAGCCAGCCGCUCUUCAUCCAGGUCAUGAGUGUCCCACCAGCGCCACCCUCGGAUGUCACCUUGGCUGAGCAGACAAAGGACACGCUUACAGUGACAUGGGCUGAGACGCUGCGAGAUGGCGGCUCGGACCUGCUGCACUAUGAGCUUGGUCUUUGGCAAGACGGCGAGGCGGUGGAGACCAUCCAGACCUCGGAGCCACCUCUCACGGUUCCGGGCCUCAAACCGGGCAAGUCCUACGUUGUGCGAGUGCGGUCGGUCAACAGUCUGGGCCCGAGCCCUUGGAGCCCGGUGUUGGCGGCGAGCGCGGUGAAGACGGUGCCCGUGCCGGGGCAGCUGGCGGCGCCCUUCCCGGUGGAGGUUGGGACCUCGGAUGUGCUGCUGCGGUGGGUGCCUGAGCCUGGCUUCCGGGUCGGGUGCCACCUGCUUCGGGCAGAGCCGCAAGACGCAGACGGGGAGGAGUUGGUGCAGAAGUGUGAUGGCGGCAGGACGGAAAUGCUUUUCACCGGCCUUGCCAACUUCACCCGCUAUCGCUUCAGCAUCGCGGCCCUGAACUCUCAUGGCCGCGGGCCUUGGAGCUCCAGCGUGGAGGCUUGCACCCAGCCAGACUUGCCUGGCGCCCCACAGCUCUUGAGCUGCGAAGUGGACCAUUCCUCUCUGCACAUCAAGUGGAAGCCGCCGACCUACCAGGCCUCUGGGGUCCUUGACUAUGUGCUGCGUGCAAGUGGUCUUGAUCCCAACCAGGCUUCUGAGAUCCUCGUCGCUGCCCCUCCAGCACGCGUCGAUGGCCUGCUGGGCAACACCACAUACCGUGUUUCGGUUGCAGCCCGAAACGUGGCUGGUGUGGGAGAUUCUGCUAUCUUGGAGGUGACGAUGCCGGUGCGGGCGCCCUCGGCGCCCCGGAGCUUCGAGAUGCAGCAGCGCCUCAGGUGGCAGCCACCUGCAGACAACGGAGGGGCACCAGUGGAGAAGUACAUUCUGCAGGUUGCAGGCCCGGAGGGCGAGCGGGAGAUUACUUGCUUUGGCGAUGAUGGGGAGCCCGGCUGGAAAGGCGCCUGCUUGCCGUCCUUGGGCAGCGCCACCGAGUAUCGCCUGGCCCUCGCAGCGGUGAACGCCGCGGGGCGCUCAGAGUUUGCCCAGUGCCAGCUGCGCACGGCUGCGGUCCCAGGCCCUCCAGAACCACCGCGGGUGCUGCGGCAGCUGAACAACCUGCGGCUGCGCUGGAAGAUGCUCAAGGACUGCGAAGACCCUGUGCUUCAGUACGAGGUUCGGGUGGCACUCAGCGACAAGAGGAUUUUGGCGCAGACAGUGGUGGAAGGGCUGCAGGUGAAGCUGGCUGGUUUGGAGCUGGGCGGCAGCUACUGCGCCCAGCUCAGGGCGCAGACGGCGGCGGGCUGGAGCCCCUGGAGCCGCUGGAGCACGCCGCGCUGCUGCGCGCAGGUGCCGGGCAGGCCCAGCCCGCCCCGGCCUUUGGUUCAGCGAAGCGCUUGGUCUUUGUUUGUGGAGUGGGACGUGCCGGAGAGCGACUCGCAUUUGCUUGAGUACGAGCUGUGGUGUGGUCAGGGUUCCUCGGGCCCGGCGCCCACGGAGGGCCGGCGAAUCCGCGCCACCCGAACCGCGGCGAAAGUGACGGGCCUCACAGCAAGCACUCGCUACGUCUUCCGGGUCCGCGCGCUGAACGAUUCCGGCUGGUCACCAUGGUCGGGCCCCUCGGAAGUGGCAUGUACGUCGGAUGCACGCAGCACUGCUGCCAUCCUUUCGGCCGUGUGGCGGCACUUCGGAGGAAUCGAGGCCGCAUUCCGAGCCUUUGACAGGGAUGCCGAUGGCUGCAUAAGCAGAAACGACUUCGUUUUUGGGCUGGGCCUUGUGCUGUCGGUGCCCAUGGAGCAGCGAAUGCGCAUGUUCGAGGCAGCAGGCAGAAGUUGCCUCGCCUACGAGGACUUCGCGGCUCUCUUCCCCCGCUCGCAUCUGAGUCUCCCAAGUCCCCUGCCCGGGCGGAGCCCGCGCCCUUCCCGCGCCGGAAGCCCUGACGCGGGGGCGAAGAGCCCCUGCCCCAGGGGAUCGCCAAGAGCACUCAAACUUGGCUGCAGGGGCGGCGGUUGA